AUGGCACUUGUGUAUAGCUGUUGCUUCUGGUUUUCUCUACGAUUGGGAGGCUUAUUGAUUUCCUUCUUUUCAAUUGUAAAAUCUAAUUAUGACAUUUACAUUAAAACGGUACUCUGUUUCUAUAUAAUGGCAUGUGUUAUAUAUAUCUAUGGAGCAUUUAAGCUUGUAAAUAUCCUCAUGUUCCCGUAUAUUUCUUUGGAGUUACUGCGCCUAAUAGGAUUAUCAUUUUUUGGAAUAACGGGAUUGCUAGUACUCAAGAAAAAUACCAUGGAUAUUGGUUUGCUUAUUGUGAUAAGUUUGGUAGUAGGAUUCACUCUCUUGGGAAUGUUCUACUUAUGGAUAUGUGCGAUGAAUUUGCCGAUUGUUAUAAACGAGAUAAAUGCUAAUGAACAAACGGUGUUACUUGUUUUCAGUCUUGGAUUAAGAUUGCGCAAAGGAACUUAG